UGGAGGAUGUUGUUGGAGGAGUGGUGGAGCAGAGGUGGAGAUCAGCACCAGCAGCAGCCACAGAACAUAGUGUGUGGGGGAGGAAGUUUGUUGUGAGGUACAGGAGUGCCACCAGACACCAGCAAAGGUGGGGAGAGAGAGAGAGACAGCCCCUGACUGAGAUCACCAAUACACGUGACUUGAAUGAUCAAAUUCUCUCUGGCACUGAUAAUGGCGACGAAUGCGGGCGAGAGGUCAUGGCCGACGACGAGGAAGAACAUGAUAUAAAGAAAUCUAAAAAGCUAGGGAAAACCAGACUGGAGAUUUCUGGGUUGCUUCAUCCAGAUGAACUGAUGCCAAGGCGCAGGAAGAAGAAAACAAAACUCAGAGGAGCAAGAGAAAACCAUACGAAAGGUGUUCCCGCAGUAGAAUCUUUAAACUGUAAUGUGGUGUCAUUGGUACGAAGUAAACAGCAACUUAUGUAUGGAGGUGACGAGGAUAUGAGCCUGACAUGUCACCCCGAGAAGUCUCCUCACAUCAGUUCCACCCACUACCCGCAGUCCUCUACUACUACUACGACCACCCAUUACGACUACCCACUUUAUCACACCUCUGCUCAAUGCCCACCUUACUUCACAGCCGCCCACCCUCCACCCAUAGGCUUCAAAUCUCAACCCAGUGUCCUUGAUAGACGACCAUCCAUGUAUCCAUCGCCCCAGACUUGCUUUGGUGCUGCUGCCUCCUCAAAGCCUCAGUUACUGGGUGGAGGAUACGAGAGUUUGCAUUAUCACACUGGAUUUAAUGGUGCACAUGUACAGGAUAUCAACCAAAAAAUACACAGUGUACCUCAGCGGAGUUCGAUGGUCGACAUGGGUCAGAUUUCGCGCUGUGCCUGUGAUGCCUUUGGUGCAGGCUGCUCAUCCGGCCGCCUCCGUUCACCACCUCUCACUGAUGUUAACCAGAGAUACUUCAGGAGAGACAUCCCCCGCGCAUUCUCCUCUCAACAGAAAUGCAAGUUAGAACCUCCUGACAUCCAUCCUGGAUGCACGUCUUCCUCUGUCGGAACUAUGCAUCCAUACACCUGGAAUGACAAGUUUGAAGGUUCCACAGGCAGUUUUGAAAGGAUAUUAAUAAAUUCACCUGGAAUUACCACGGACUCAAACGAUUUCCUUCCUAGAUUCGAACAUUCAGACUUGGAAUACAGUCAACUGAAUAAUGGGCACUCUCUUUCUAACUUUGAUGACUCGUGUGCAGCGGAAACCCAGAGGGAUAUUUUUAAUGAAUUCAGUCACUCAGGAUACGUAACUUCGCUUAUGAAUGAUAGUGAAGCGAAGUAUGGUCAUCAUUCACUAGGCUUGUACGAUACAGUAAACAGAAACUACUCUUCAAGGCCACCGUAUGCAUUGUAUCCAUCUAGGAACAGUUGGGAAUCUGACACGAAAAAACGUGAAGGUAUGGGAUGGCAAGGGGUGACACCAGGGCCACACGAUGCGUUGAUAAAAAUUACGAAUAAUCACACUGACUACGAUUCCACCACCAGCGGAGCAGCCACAAAUAUUUAUAUGGACUCUACAUUCCGACACGACAUAAGAGGUGCCAGCAACGACCCAAUGCAAAACGAGAGCCGCAAUGAUCACUGUUUAUCUCCUGAGCUCUUUGCUUCCCAGUACCAAACUAGCUCCGCCCCACCUGCCAGUCAUCUUCGCCCCAACUUUGGAGAUACAACGCAUGAAUCACAAAUUCUAUUUUCACCCAAGAUCUCUCUAAUUCGUACCGAGGAUUCAUACCGGAGUGGACCAAGUAGUGUGGUGCGAGUGAGUACCUUGGAAGGUGAGGUGGUACUGGAUCCCACUUGCUGGAAGCUGGCCCACACCUUCACCGGUUUGUUGGGACGUAAGGCCCCGUUCGUCUCCAACGACCUCCUAGAGUGAAGUCAUUGACCUUGGCAACCCGUCAGAGCUUACUAGGCUUACCAGGAAAAAUGUGACACCUAGUUCACACAUCACUACCGGUCACCCACACCGUUUAUUUACUGUAUAUUUCACCACUCCAUUAUCAUCCACACAUAUUUACACUUUUCCACCUCAUCACCCACACGUAUUUAUUUUUCUACAUCUCGUGUCAUUUACGGCUGCACACACACACACACACACACACACACACACACACACACACACACACACACACACACACACACACACACACACACACACACACACACACACACUAAACACACCCCAGACCUCUACACCCACACUCACCUCUGGUGAACACGUACUUGGCGAGUGAAGCAGUUGAUCGUGUUGAUGAUGCACCUCGAGAUACAAGGACAAGAGAAACACUAAACUCACAGCAACACCUCAAUAAAGACACAAGCAACAACAAGCUUUUUGCACUGAAGGUCUGCCACUUUUUAUUUACCACGAUGCUCUAGUUAGACAAGACUAUUAUUAGUAGUAAUGUUUAUGGAGAAGCUCUAAUUCCGUAGGGGAGGUCUGUGAAGAUCAUCCCUAGUGACCUCCCAUUCCCUGGGUAUUAAAUGAUCCCUGUGGGUUUAGCGUUUCCCCAUGACUGUAAUAAUAAUAAUAUUUGUGGAAUUAUCUUUAAUUUGCGGAUGCCUAAUUACAAACACUACAAUUGAUCUCAUUAAGUUUGGUGAUGAAUAAUUUAUUUUUUGUAAGACGCAGAGUUGAAAUUCAAGCAAUUAAUGUGAUAAUCUUAUUUGAGAGAAUAAUUUUUAUUUGAGAUUAUAAUUUUUGUUUGAGAGUAAGUUAUCGAUAUGUCAGUUAGGUAAAUUGAUAUAUAGGCAACGUUUUUUAAUAUUUUUUUUCUCAGGCUACCUUUCUCUCUGCAGGAACGUUAUAACGAAGCCUAGCCCCCCCCCCAAAAAAAAAAAAAAAAUAUUAGAAUGUUGAGAACGUAUUAUUGUAAGAGUCUUAAGUCUCAUUGCAAGGAGAGUAUUAAGACUUUAAGAAUCUUACAAUAACACGACAUUAAGGUUUAAUGGAAUACUAAGACUUGAAGAGAGGAAUAUCUGGGUCCUUGUGAAUGCUCUUCUAGGGAUGCACAACCCUUCAUGGUACCUCAGAUCUUUGUUAUGUGUACACUGAACUAAAAUAAUUCUUAUUUGACUUCAAGGUUUUGUUUUUUUUAUUUGUGUGUGGUUCAAACUCCGCUUUCAAGGUUGUUCCUGACGUUUCCCGGCACACAGUCACCUCUUAUGAAUUGACUGUGUGCCCAGGGGUGGUAAACGAGAUGGAAAAAAAGGGUGAAUCCACAGUGAAAAAAAGGGUGAAUCCACAGUUGAACAGCGAGUGAAGUGCAGGCCUUUCCACCCAAAUAGGAAGCGAAUCCGUCUUUCGCUUGGCAGACGGAGGAUCGAGCCACCAACGCUUCUUGCGCUGAACGACCCUCGUGGAUUUAUCACUUAACAUAAAUCAUUACUACAUCACGCUUUAUUAAAUUCUUGGAUGUACUGCUUCAGUAGCAGUUACAAAAAAAAUCACUAGAGAGAAGCAUUACAUGAGAGCGUAUAUACUGUAUUUUUAUUUUUAUUGCUUCUGCCAUGUUCGUUGUACAAAAAGAAAAUCGU